AUGGCUCUGGGUAGUACUAUCGAAUCUGCGUCUAACAAUGCAAAGCCAAGGAAAGAGGGCAAGGCACCUCGAAUCAAAAACUUAUUGAAACUGGAUGACCUUAAUGUAAUACCGCUAAAAACGGCGUACGACAAGCAGUUUUAUGAAGGUAAUCUAUUGGGUGAGUCUGCUUCCGAAAUUAUGCGUGUUUUUCCGCUCGACGAUUUAAGAUCUCUUCGAGAGAGAUUUAUUAGACAGUCACUACAGGACGACGGCUCGAAUUUAAAGUUCGACGUGGAAAAAUGGUUCCUCUACCCCACGCCAUUGCCUAAGUUUUGGAAAUAUAAUCGGGAUUUGUUAAUGUCUGCUAUAAAUACUGAAGAUACAAAACACAAUAGACCUUCAAAAAGUGAAACCCUUAAAGCAUAUUACCUUAAGGAGUCAGAUGAAUUGAUGGAAGUGGAAGUUGAAGUUGACCAGAUGGAGAGUAGGAAGCCUCUGUUGUACACUGGAAAGACCUUCAACUUGGAUGUGUAUCGGGAGAAACUCUUAAAACAUACAACGCGGAAAGUGGACAAGACACCGCUUGCAAUUCCAGAAUUUGAAGAAUUCAUGCGCGCUUUUCGUACCUUGACUGAUGUUGCAACUUCAGGUGAGUUCCAGAACUUCGCUUAUAGGAAAUUAGAAUAUCUCUAUAACAAGUUUGAUUUGUUCCAACACCUCAAGUCGAACUCAGAGAAGACGGAAAAUAAAACUGUGAAACAUAGGGAUUUCUAUAACAUUAGGAAGAUUGAUACCAAUAUGUUAUUGAGCGGGUGUGUUUCUGAAAGACAACUGAAUGAGUUUAUCUGGGAUAAGCUUAACCUUGAGCCAAAUCGUGUGGUGUAUGUUCUCAAGGAUGGCCAUCCUGUGACGCUAAGAAGUCUUUUCAACACUAGUAGUAAUGAACUUGAUAUAUCCAAGCGUGACAAUACAAAUAUUGGACUGAAAGCUGUUGCUAACGAAUUCCUAGAUUGGUACCAGACAUUAGGUGUGCCUCGAGCUUCUAUGGUUGAACAUGAGGUCUUGGGAGCAGAGGCAGGGAAGGGCCAGUGCAACAAGCGGCACUUUAUGUUUUAUUUGAUUGCGAAGACGUUUCUUGACUUUGACAAUUAUAUCAACGGUGAAUACUUUGCUGAGUUAAUUAUCAGAUAUGUGAUCGAGAACCUCGAGCAAAAUAAGUAUCAACUUGCUCAGUUAUCCGUUGAUUUUCGUUUUGAACGGUCAGGUGCAUGGUGGAGCAAGUUUGCUGCUUGGGUGUGUAGGUGGAAGUUGGUCUCCUAUAGUAUCCGUUGGAACGUCCGGAUCAAGAGAGAUUAUCCCAUGUUGUACCAACUAGGUCAUGUUAAAAACUUCGGUGAGUAUUUGGAUUCGGUUUUUGAUCCUCUUACGGAUGACCAUGCCUAUGAUAACGUUGAAUUACAGUUUUUUCUCUCAACAGUUUGCCAUCUUGACCUCGUGGUUGAACCGCAUGAUGAAUACAGUAGUCAAGUAAUUGGUAAUAUCUGGUCGAAACCGGAUAAAUGGGGGGCCAGGGGGGACAAUCCUCCAGUCGCGUACUAUAUGUACUACAUUUAUCAGAAAUUGGCACAGGUAAACUAUUUGAGAAAUGCCAGGUCACAGAACACCAUUUCCCUAAGAAGUUACUACCAAUGCGAUAGCACCAAGGUUUCACAAUUCAACGAUAUCGGUAUCACAGAACAACUUGAGAGUUUGUUAGCCAAUUUUCUCCUGUGCCACGGUGGCCUUUUACGUGCGGACCAAAUGUGGUACGGAGCGCCUGUACCAGCUUACCUGUAUUAUUUAUUUCAAAUUCCACUCGUCGUCUCACCACUUUCACCAUUCGUUAUGCAACAAAUCCAGCACAAACAAAAUGUGGAAAAGCGACGUUAUCAUAUGGACCUUUCCAUACCAGAGGAAGCUAAGUACACUGAUAAUCCCUUUAUUUUAAUGCAUAAAGUUGGAUUUAGAGUCGUUUUGUCCUGCAAUAUGGUUUUGUUCAAUAAUUCCUAUACAUCGGAACCCAUUGCAGAAGAAUAUAGUGUUGCAGCGAGUAUUCAUCUAUUAAGUGCAGCUGAUUUAUCAGAGUUUGUACGCAACAGCGUUUUUGCCAGCAGUUUUGAAGGAUAUUACAAGAAACAUUGGAUUGGGGUACAACUAAAGAAAACAUCUUAUAUGCGUGAUUCUUUUGGCCUUGUUGAUAUAUGGUAUGAUGAGGCGCCAGAUACUCGAGAAAAACAUAAUCUUCCAAGAAUUAGGAGAAAUUAUAGAAUGGAAACUUUAAAAAAUGAAUGGCAGUGCUUUCGUUUGUCUUGUCCCAUUUUUCCAGAUGAUUAA